GCGGUAUAAAAUAUACUUUAAACUUUAUUAAUGUUUAUUAUGGAUUAGAUUAGGUUUGAAAAUUCAUAGUGUAACCAUAUUUUAUAUAUUGUAUACGAAGCGACCCUCGAGGAAAGUAAAUAUCGAUAGGCUCGUAGUGAGAGUGUUUACACUGGUCUGAGGCACUCGUGCGAGAACGUCCUUUCGUGCAUCUUGCUCCGGUCACAGGCUUAUUAAAGCGUAGUUAUCAUGGCAGACGCACAGGCGAGCAACGACGCAGCAGAGGAAGACGCAACUGAACUCCAGUUCCCAAAAGGUUUGGGUGCCUUGUUGGAAGCUGGUAUGGAGAGGGGUGGGCUACUGGAUCCAAUUGCCGACCCUCCCAUUAAAUGCAAGCACUGUUAUAGUGUUGCUAAGGAACCUUACAUAAAGUGUGUGCAGUGUGAACAGUUGGACAACAGUUUAGAUGUUGUUAUAUGCAUGCCAUGUUUUAGUAAAGGAGCAGAGUUUGGUAUGCACAAAAAUGAUCAUUCAUACAUGGUGGUCAGGACUGACUUUAGUCUUCUUGACUCGUGUUGGCAAGCUAAAGAGGAAAUUAUGCUGAUAAAUGCAAUAAAUGACUGUGGUAUUGGAAACUGGCAGGAUGUGAGCUACCACAUACCAGGCAAGUCUGCAGAACAAUGCAGAGCUCAUUACACAAAAUAUUAUAUAGAAAAUCCUCAUCCAGAAUUGCCACAAGUAAUAAGAACAGAAUCCACACACUCCGUCAUUCCACAACCUGUUUCAUACAUAGGAAAUGUAGAUGAUCCUCCCCGACCUCUCCCAGGAACAUCUGUGUGUCGUGACAUGGCUGGAUAUAAUGCAGCUCGUGGAGACUUUGAUGUUGAGUAUGACAACAUGGCUGAAGUAGAUAUACAAGAUUUAGACUUCAUGCUAUUCGAAGAGGAUAAAAAGCCUUCUCUAGGUUUUGAACUACAAGUUGCCCUGCUGGAUAUAUACAGGAGGAGAUUAGGAGAGAGGUAUAAACGAAAGAAGCUCAUCAGGGAUCAUGGUCUUAUAGCAAUGAGUAAAUCGACUCUUUCUCUUGGUCGUUAUCGACCAUACUUGCCACAAAACUUUGCUGAUGCUCUUCCAAGGUUUUUAAGUGUUGUUGGGUCAAUGGAAAGUGACCUGCUUUUAGAGGGUUUGAAAUGUGAAGCUGAAUUAAAACGACAGAUAAGUGACUUGAUGGAGUACAGGUCUAAUGGUAUCUCAAAGCAAACAGGUAUAAUGACAUAUGAAACUUUGAAAAGAAAACGUGAGGCAAAUCUUAAGGAAAGGCGAAAUCUUGUAGUGUCAGAAAAUGAUGGAAUAGAUGUAAAGUGGAAUGUUUUAAAUAAAAAUAUUGUCAACAUUGAUGCAGCCAUUGUGGGAGCUUCACGUAGAGUCAGCAUACCACUAAACAUCACUGGCAAACCAGGUUACGAGAACCUUAACGACACUGAGAAACAAAUUGCUUCAGAGCUUCGCUUGGUGCCCGAAGAUUUUCUGCGAUUUAAAUCUGCAUUUAUUGAUGAGUGCCGGAAGUUAGAUGGCUUAAGAUUAGCACAGGCAAGAACACUAAUUAAGAUAGAUGUAAAUAAAAUAAGAAAAAUAUUUGAUUAUUUACUGUCUGCUGGCCUCAUCCAUACUCCAAAAAAAUAAUAAAUUGAAUUAGUAUUGGUUAUCUUCACCAGCUAUGGAUUGGUUGUACAGUAUUGGAAAACAGAUUUUUUUUUUAGAGGAAAAUGACAUGUUUGAAUAGACCUUAUUGUGGAUGAUGACAUUUAGGUCACAAGUUAUAAAUAUUGAAUGAAACAUCAAUACUAAUAAAACACUGAUUUUUUUCCUCCUGAUAAAUCCUUAAGUCUAACAUUUGUGGUAAUUUAGCAUUCAUGAUGGCCACACAAUAAAAACAUCAGUAACAUCAUUUUCUACAUUCUUGUUCUUGCAAGAGUGAAUGUAUUUGUCUUUACAAGGUAAAAAUGUACAAAACUAGCCUGUACCUUACAUCCUUACAUAAUGCAUGUCUCUAUCAACAUCUUUAUUUCAUAUUGUUUUCCUUGACCUAUAUUAUAUUGUUCUGAGAUAUGUAUGUUUAUCAACAAAUACUGUACUAUGAUUGCAUUGAAGAAGGUUCCAAAAGCUGAUGUAAAAUUUGUGUACACAAGCUAAAUAGGUGUCACAUUGACAGUCUAGUGCAGCGUUUCUCAACCUUGUACCCUUGAAAUAAUUCCUGGUUGUACUUUAAACACACAUGGAUUUAAUUGUCAACUGAAAGAAGACUAUUUCUGGCAUUGCUCUUGAUGCUGGUUAAAUGAGGAAAAAUUAAACACAAAAAUACAUUUGCAUGCUGUUAGAAUUAGCCUAUCAGUAUUUCUUGCGGAACCCCUAGUUACCUUGGGGAACCCCAAUUAAGAAACUCUGGUCUAGUGCUUGAAUAUACUGUAUAAUCUUUUCAUAACUUGGUAUUAAUAUGACUGACAGUGUUCACAUAUCAGUUGUGCAUGUAAUGUCUUGGUUAAUUGAAGUGCCAAAGAAGAAUUUAUAAAAUUUUAUUUGUAAAUUUUUUUUUUUUUUUUUUUGCAUGGGAGCAUCAUCGGCUCCCUGGAGCUAUUGGGCCAAUAUGCGAUCUUUAGACCAGAGCAAUAGUCAAUGGAGUUCUGCCUACCAGGGACCACUAGCCAACACGUAGCCCCCUUGGAGAGACGCAGAAAGAAAUGGCCCUGGAAAAUCUCCUUGUGGUUGGGGGUUAACUUAUCUGCCAUCAACCAGGGUUAGGCACCCAGAAAGGUGGGCAUGGCAAAACAGACCCCACAUGGUCAGAAAAAUAAAACCGAAAGCCAAACGGGAAGGUAGAACGCCCUCAAUUCCCAAUGAAACAAGCAAACGUCACCCUAUGCCGGCACAUCACUUACUGCCGUCCCCAAGAAGGGAAGGGGGGAGCCGUGGACCCACUGCAGUGGCUACUAAACCCCAGUUCAGAGCCUUGGCAUCAAAAGGAAAGCGAAACUGCCGACUGAAGGGAGGGAGGGUGACAGGGAGCCUUUUGGGCUCACCUAGAAAAUGGUGUUCAUUACAUUCAAUGCUGGUUUUCUGUGUAGAGCCCCGUCUGCUUCCUGGAGCUACAUAACCAAGGAUAAGUAAAAGAGGGACUUACCCGGGAGGUGGCAGCCAGACUAACCUCGACUUGAAAGCGAGGCAAUGGGCUACAACCUCCAAUCUAAAGUCACACAUGAACGCCCAGGACCAGGAAUGUUAGGUUCCCUAUAACCAAAAUGGGGGCAUCUGGGUGGGCAACCAACCUUGUACGUUGCAGCAACCUAAACAGAGCAUGCAGUGUGGAUGCUGCCUGUACCCUAACAGUAAUGUCAUCAGAAUAGCACUGGAGAAAAAAGCAGAGAACACGACUCGCAAGACUGGGUCAAGGGUGUCAUUGACCCAACACGAAGCAUGACGGGGGGAACAGUGGUCUCCGAGACAAAAGUACGCAGAAACCUUCAAACCUGCACGAGGCGGGCUGAAACUCGGAAAGCGCAUCCAUAGGUCCACCGAGCCCCAACAGGGUUUUCCAGGGCCCGUAGGCUGACUGCUACAGGAAGCCCGGGCAAGGUAUUGCUAACCAGUUAGACCCAAAGUUAACAGGGGCGGAUGAUCACAACACUGUAAACCCUGUGAUGUGUACAAUCACGGGGGCCUAGCAGAGGGUCACCAGAAUAUCAUAAGUGGACCUAAAGCCACUGCAGGCAGACCUCUACCAGGCACACAAAACAAAAAGUAAAAGAAAACCCCCACAAAAGUACAAUGUCACCAGGAAAAACAGGAACCAGCUGCUGCUCUAGGUAGGCAAGCUGUGCAAUACCUUAAUGUCCCAACCAGCAACACCACCACUUCCUACCCAAGGCCAAACAAGGGCCACGAAAACUCCAGCUGGCCCCAAGGGCGGGGUAAAAACCGAGCAGCAAGAACCACCAUGGAAACGGUUUCCAAAUACACCAGGAAAGAUAACCCUGACACACAAGGGUGGUACUCAGAGUACUUAGGGAAGGCUGCCCUAAGGGCAUGCAGCACCAGUACACUCCAGGUACACUUGGUCACCACACCACGAAGGGAAACACUGCUUGAGACACUGAGGCCAUAGAUGACGACCGCCCCGGAUUGCAAUAGCCAACGAACUGGGGUCGAGUAGCCGACGAGGUGGGUCUGGGGCUUCUCCUCCCUGGGGGAAGGAGGGGGAACUGCAUGGAAGAGUGACACGACGACGUAGGGUGAUGUUUGCUUGUUUCCUUGGGAACUGAGGGAGUUGUAUCUCUCUCUUCUGCUUUCAGUUGUAUUUUUCUUACCAUAUGGGGUCUAUUUUGUUAUGCCUACCGUUCUCGGUGCCUAACCCUGGUCGAUGGCAGAUAAGGUUAACCCCCAACUACAAGGGGGUUUUCCAGGGCCAUUGCUCUCUGCACCUCUCUGAGGGAGUUAUGUUCUGGCUAGUGGAGUGUUCUGCCCCGGUAGGCAGAACUCCAUUGACUAUUGCUCUGGUCUAAAGAUUGCAUAUUAGCCCGAUAGCUCCAGGGAGCCUCUGGGACUCAUCCAGAAAAUGGCAUUUUUAUUAGUCUAUGCUUUUUUUUUUUUUAAUACCUGUUCAGUCCUAUUAUGUAUGUAACAAUGUAUCAAUACUUUUGUUACUUGUUCAUGUAAAUUUGUCAAUACUGAUGUAAAUUUGUCAAUACUGAUGUAAAUUUGUCAAUACUGAUGUAUAUUUAUAAAUUGUGUAUAAAAAAGCUGUGUAUAAAUAAAAACAUGUUAGAUA